CUCUGCAUGCGCAAUAAUGCACGCUGCUGACUGCUCUCGCUGCUGUUUUGGCGUUCAGUUUAUUGUCGAAAUGCGGCCAAGUAUAGUCCAAAGCAAACAGAGAGUGCGUCUCCUUUGGUGAUAACGCACGACACAAUUGCAAAGAAGGUGGGAAGGGAGAAGAAAAGCACACUGGGCAGCCAAUGUAUUGCAUGACUAGCAAUAACCAAUCACCUCCAGUGGUUCCAGGAUGUGCCGUGGGUGAUAGGGCGUGUGUGCAGAGCAUGCCUGCAUGCCAGUACAGUGAGAAUGUUCACUCGCUAUCGUAGUGAUGCGGAUAUGUCCUGACCGCCGAUCAUCUCUAGAGGCGUGUGACGCUGAAGCAGUGGCAGUGGGGGUGUGGCCAGACGGUCAUCUAGACGUCUGGCACACCCCACCUGCCAGACGAUGGCUGCGGUGGAACCACACCCCUCCUGACCCCUGUCCAACAGAUGAACUACUGGCUGUAAGACUAGCAGCUCUGGACAUCAAACAACCCGACACCGUGUGUACCUGGAUCACCUCUAAUCUGAUUGGACGCUCACUUCAUCUACGGCCUCUUCAUCUCUCCACCACUGACAACUCUCUUCACUGUAUCAUACACUACAGAAAGGGGUUCCCAACGUAUCUACCUGAAGUGUGCCAAUGUCGAGAUACUGUCACUCGGACUGGCAUCCAUAAAGGAUCCCUCCCUCGGUCACCACGGAAACAGUGGUUACCACGUCAACAACAGCUGAUUGCAUUCCUGAGUGAGGGUGUGAGGGCGGAGACUGGUGCCCAGAGGAAAGGGGAGGGGGUGUGGAGAGGCAGCGUGCACGAGGCAAGAUGGAGAAGAGGACUUAGGUUUCUUAGACUUCGAAAAUAAAAAUCGUUCAACUUUUUGUUCGCCAAGCGCAAAAACUUUUCUUAUUUCAAUUCAACCAAGCACAAUCAAAAUAUUUUUUUA